AUGAAAUCAGAAAGAUCUAAUAGUAUAGCUCUGCAGAGCCCAUUGACCAAUAAAGAAGAUUUUUUUGAGUCUGAUUAUAGGAGUAUCACUAAUCAUGAGAAUCAAAUUACUGCACUAACCAAUUCUCAAGCCGAAUCUGUCACCU